GCUUUCUAAAGCACGAAACAAUUGAUCUGCUUCCUCCCACUUACACUCCACUCACCCCCAUCACCACCAUCACUACCAGAGCCGCAACAAAAAUGUCAUCAACAGAGUCCCUCAUCCUCCAACUCCAUGAAAUCUCCGCCGUCAAAUUCGGCAACUUCAAGCUAAAAUCCGGCAUCUACUCCCCUAUCUACAUAGACCUCCGCCUCAUCGUCUCCUACCCUUCCCUCCUCCGUCAAAUCUCCCACUCCCUCCUCUCCGCUCUCCCUCCCCACACACCCUUCAACCUCAUCUGUGGCGUCCCUUACACUGCCCUCCCAAUGGCCACCUCCAUCUCUCUCGACACAUCCAUCCCCAUGCUCAUGCGCCGCAAAGAAGUGAAAGAUUACGGCACAGCCAAGUCCAUCGAAGGCGUUUACGAAAAGGGUCAAGUUUGUUUGGUGGUGGAAGACCUUGUAACAUCAGGAGCAUCGGUUCUUGAAACCGCAACGCCGCUUCGGGCUUUAGGAAUCAACGUAACGGACGCUGUCGUGGUUAUAGAUAGAGAACAAGGCGGGAGGGAGACGUUGGAGGAGAAUGGGAUUAAGCUUCAUGCUCUGUUUACUUUAACAGAGAUGGUGAAGGUUUUGAGAGCCAAAGGGAAGUUAGAGGAAGACAUGGAGAGUUUGGUCAUGAGGUUUUUGGAGGAAAACAAGAAAGUGGCUGUGCCUAAGAUUGAGAGAGUGAGAGUUAAGAUUUUGGGAUUUGAAGAAAGGGCUAAGUUAGCUAAGAAUCCAACUGGGAAAAAGCUGUUUGAGGUUAUGGUUGAGAAAAAGAGUAAUCUCUGUUUGGCUGCUGAUGUUGGGACGGCCGCUGAGUUGCUUGAUAUUGCUGAGAAGGUUGGACCAGAAAUCUGUCUAUUGAAGACCCAUGUUGACAUAUUGCCUGAUUUUACUCCUGAUUUUGGUUCUAAACUUCGUGCGAUCGCAGACAGACAUAACUUUUUGAUCUUUGAAGACCGUAAAUUUGCAGACAUUGGUAACACAGUGACAAUGCAGUAUGAAGGAGGUAUCUUCCAUAUAUUGGAUUGGGCUGAUAUUGUUAAUGCACACAUAAUCUCUGGUCCUGGAAUUGUGGAUGGACUGAAAUUGAAGGGUUUGCCUCGUGGUAGGGGCCUGUUGCUACUUGCUGAAAUGAGCUCUGCUGGUAACCUUGCCAAGGGAGAUUACACAGCUGCUGCAGUUAAAAUUGCUGAAGAACAUUCUGAUUUUGUCAUUGGUUUCAUCUCAGUCAAUCCAGCAUCAUGGCCUGGGGCACCAGUAAAUCCAGCGUUCAUUCAGGCAACCCCUGGAGUUCAAAUGGUAAAGGGUGGUGAUGCCCUUGGCCAGCAGUAUAACACUCCAUAUUCUGUAAUAUUUGAUAGGGGUAGCGACAUAAUAAUUGUGGGUCGUGGAAUCAUUAAGGCAGUAAACCCUGCCGCGGCAGCUGGUGAAUACCGCCUUCAAGGAUGGGAGGCAUACAUGGCUAAAUGCUCUUGAGAGGAUCGUUCAUACUUGCUUAAGCGCCUUUAUGUAAUACAAUUCCCUAAUAAAUACGAGCCAAAUUUUGCUAAAUCUAUGAUUUUGCAUGUUUGGGCUCGGAACACUCUUUGUAAGCUGAGGCUAUGCCUUUUCAUUUUGUUUGCCCACUGCAAUUGUCCUCUUGCGUUCAUCAUCAAUUACAAACUUCCCUUGAUUUCAUAUUGUGCUUUAUUACUUGCAUCUUUUUUCAGAUUUAUUCUCUUCAUUGACAUCUGUUUCUCAUAUUCUCGUGUCAUUAGCAUUUCCCGUUAAUCACGCAUUGAUAAAAGGUGGACCAUGUUUCUUGAUCGACUUUGAUUCUCAUGAGCAACGACUUUGACUUCUUUUGGUUCACUGGAGUCCCGUAAACAACGGAAUCAACAAAGCAUCUUGAUUGAAAACAAAGAAGAAAAAAACUCGUUAAGUUUUUGGAAUCUUAUCGCAUAUAUUAGCUAUGAAAAAUUUCACCGUCAGAAUAUAAAAGAUGAACUGUCUAUAGAACUCUCCAUUAUGUAGGUUUUGUUGAUUUUGAGUUUUGGGACCAAAUUGUUGUAAAGAUGAAGACAAUUAGCAGCCAGCCACAUGAGCUAUUGCUUGAUGUACAGGAUAUUUUACAGGUUACAUAUUUCAAGGAAUGUUCUUUUCCCUUUAGACUUUAUGUGUUGUUUCUCUUUGUUCUUGCUGCUUUAUUGACCAACACAAAAUUUUUGCUCAAAAACAAAUGGACCAAGACAAUUGAUGUUCUUGUGCUUUAUAGACCAAGACAUUUUUUUACUCAAAAACAAGUUGACCAAGACGAUUGAAGUUCCAUGGCAUCUUUGAUCAUGGUAAUGACAAUCAUGGGAUGUGGAAUUAUGACCUCUAGAACUCCAACAGAGGGAGGGGAGCUCGUGAAAAUGAUAGCUACGGUGACGGUGAUGGGAUGAUUUAUAGACUUCAGACUUUCUGGUUCCCACUUCCCACUGCUUUCUUAUUCAAGCUUAUAAUAUACAGUUCUCUGCUCAGCAUUUCAGUCAAGCUCUUGUGAAAACUAUUAAAGCCAUAGCAAGGCCAUUCCUUUGCUUGUGAAAGUUGGUUUUAGCAUCCAUGAUUACUGCAAUCCAUUUUUAAAAGAUUGAAGCUGAAAGAGCACGCUCCUAACUCUCAAAGAAGAUACAACUAUAUUGCUCGAGCUAUUUAAUGAUGGCAUAUUAUUUUUAUGGAGUAUAGCUUUCUAAUGGAUUAUAUUUUCAGUUGAUGUUUCCAAGAAAUUUGAUUAAGGCCAUUGGGAUUUGAGGCAUUAGAGAUUAUUACCCGUAUUUGCUACCUUGAAAAAGAUGAUUGUGGCAUCCAUCGAUUGGAAGUAAAUGAUCAUUAGUUCCUCUUCUAGCAAAUGAGGUCUUGUUCUUCUAAAGUACCUUUCCAUCCCUGAGAACAUGCCCUAUGUUUUCAGGCAUUGGUUUUAUAGCUGCUCUAUAUUUUGCCAAUGGAUGCCAGAGUUUUUCUUGGCGCAUGAGGUUAGAAGCAUUGUUGUUCAAUGGACAAUGGGCAUUAUAGAGUCCAAUCCAAA